AUGCAACCUGUCAUCCACCCGCUGCCACGCGAGCAGCCGCUGAUCUCAUCUAGACGUGCAACCGUCGAUCGUGCCCGUCGUUUGCAUGCAGGAACAUUAAACAUCUUUUCUGCAGAGCCACCCGCGCCUGCUGCUGCUCCAUUCCCCAAACGUCAAGAACAUCACAGUGAUGAGUCGCAGGAAACCCGUGAAUUUGGGUAUCCACAUCUGCGCCGCGUUAAACCAGUACAACGCCCGGAAACACCGCGUGGUAUUCAUCAAGUUCCUCACGCUUCAGGAAAAGUACAGAAUAUUCAAGUUGUUGGGAUCACAGACGCUUACAAGAACCCGAGCAACAUGCCAACCCCACGCGGUGGUGUGCGCUGCACCGCCCGCAGUAAUUCUUCCUCCAUGCGUGAUAUACUCGCCUACAAAGAUAAUAGUAAUUUCAAUACACUUAAUAGGCUUCCUGUCUCCAGACCUCCAUCCCGUACUCUUGAUUAUAGCAAUCAGGAACGGUUUUGCCAGGCAGUGCGAGAUCACGCACAGCAUAGACGUGGUGGAGUAACUGGGUUUUACGUUAAUCUCGCGCGUCAUCGCGUGGGAAGCGGGAAUUGUAAUAAUAAUAAUAAUAAUAAUAAUAAUAAUAAUAAUAAUAAUAAUAAUAAUAAUACACAUUAUAAUCCUCCCACUCCACUGCGCGAGUGGCAUUUGGAGGACCCGCCGCCAACACAUACGUUGUCGCUUGGUAGUUGCUGGGAGCAGUUGCAGUCCCUCACGGGCAUUAACAUCACACUCAUGCAGCUGGCAGAACUGAUAUGGGAUAAGGACGAGCUCACCGCGUUGAUGGGCGGCAGCGUGGAUGAGGAACGGCUCGGUGAACUCACAGUCUCUUACCGUGACUUCUCCGUCGCCUUUGGUGAUAACUCCAUGAACAACAAACUCGCCAUCAUGAAGAUUUAA